CGUACCUGCAACAAUGAGUCAUCCUCCGCCUGUUUCCUGUAUUCCAAACACUGCCAAAAUGUCGAAAGCUAAAAAAGUAAUUGAAGAAGCGAAAGAAAUAAACAAUCCAGAAAUUGAUUUGGUGGAUAAAGGGAUUUCUAGCUUAGACGAAAUACCUGGACUAUUUAGUCUCGAAAACAUUACACGUUUAACACUGAGUCACAAUAAGCUGCAAGUCGUUCCGGCUGGACUAGCGAACCUCAUUAACUUGGAGAUUCUUAACCUUGCUAACAACCACAUCGAAGAGUUGCCAAUAAGUUUGUCAUCGUUGCCAAAACUUCGAAUUUUAAAUGUGUCGCUUAACCGGCUCUAUACUCUACCAAGAGGAUUUGGUGCUUUCCCGGUGUUGGAAAUUUUGGAUUUGACCUAUAAUAAUUUAAAAGAGCAAACUCUACCCGGAAAUUUCUUCAUGAUGGAAAGCCUCCGAGCAUUGUAUUUGGGAGAUAAUGACUUUGAAUUCCUACCACCGGAAAUCGGAAACUUAAAGAAUUUACAAAUUCUUUCAAUGAGGGAAAAUGAUUUAAUAGAAGUGCCAAAGGAGCUUGGUCAGUUGGCCCGAUUGAGGGAAUUGCAUUUACAGGGCAACCGUCUUGUUGUCUUGCCACCGGAAAUAGGUACAUUAGACCUUGCAAGUAAUAAAUCUGUGUUAAGAUUGGAAGGUAACUUCUGGGUUCCACCAAUCGAAGACCAAUUGAAGCUGGGACCUUCACAUGUACUUGACUACUUGCGUUCAGAAACAUAUAGAGUACUGUACAGUCGCCACAUGUCAGCUAAGCCGCCUCCGCCACCGCAGACACUGGACAAGAGCAAGAAAGCCAGCAGGGCUCGCUCCUAACUUCCUAGCUUAAUAUUUGUGUUUUCACUAUCAUCAUAGAGUCAUAAUUUAAGCAUAACAUUUACUAGUAUUACAGUUUUAAUCUAUACUAAUAUAUAUGCUAAUAUUAUAUUCGAAAGUAUCUAACUCUGUCUGUGUUGCUUUUUCACUGCCAAAUCACUGAAUCAAAUUUGAUAAAAUUUUGUAUGAACCAUGCUGGAACCUCAUGGAAAGAAGUAGACUACUUUUUUAUUGCUAACACCUGACAACCGAUCCCUAAAACACAAGAAAAGCUGCGGGAGACAAUUGUUAUGAAUUGUUUUAAUGCAAUGACAUGUUAAACAUUUCUCAAUUAGUAGUGAGCUGAAUAGCUCACUACAAUAAAGAGAAACAAAGUUAAUUUUGCUUUGUAACAUUAAAACAAGAUUCUUUAAAGUAUAAAUCAAGAUUGAAUCAAAGAUAUUUCAAUUUGUUAAAUGCCAAUUUUGAAAAUGAAAUGAUGCUAGUUAUUAAAAGACAAAUGGUAUAUGACAUUAAAACAGUGAGGCUAUUUGGUAAGAAACAGUAGAAUCUCGACAAAAAUUGAAAAUAAUAUUUAUUAUGAUUACAAUUUAUCAUAAUCACAAUGAUAUCAUAUAUGUGGAACUAAAAGCCAUUAAAAGAUUUUUCUUUUUCUCUCAGUUUUAAGCUUUUAAUCAUUCAUACAUAAAACUGGCA